AUGCAGAUCUUCGUCAAGACUCUUACCGGCAAGACCAUCACUUUGGAGGUCGAGUCGAGCGACACUAUCGACAACGUCAAGAGCAAGAUUCAGGAUAAGGAAGGCAUUCCUCCUGACCAGCAGCGCCUGAUCUUCGCUGGCAAGCAGCUUGAGGAUGGCCGUACCCUCUCUGACUAUAACAUCCAGAAGGAGUCCACCCUCCACCUUGUUCUUCGUCUCCGUGGUGGAAUGCAGAUCUUCGUGAAGACCCUCACUGGAAAGACUAUCACCCUUGAGGUUGAGUCAAGCGAUACCAUCGACAACGUUAAGAGCAAAAUCCAGGACAAAGAAGGCAUUCCCCCCGACCAGCAGCGUUUGAUCUUCGCUGGUAAGCAGCUCGAGGACGGUCGUACUCUGUCGGACUACAACAUUCAGAAGGAAUCUACUCUCCACUUGGUCCUGCGCUUGCGUGGUGGUAUGCAGAUUUUCGUCAAGACUCUCACCGGAAAGACAAUUACGCUGGAGGUUGAAUCAUCCGACACGAUCGAUAAUGUGAAGUCAAAGAUUCAAGAUAAAGAGGGAAUUCCUCCUGACCAGCAGCGUCUCAUUUUCGCCGGCAAGCAGCUCGAAGAUGGCCGCACUUUGUCCGAUUACAACAUCCAGAAAGAGUCUACAUUGCACUUGGUCCUCCGUCUUCGUGGUGGUAUGCAGAUCUUCGUUAAGACGCUCACUGGCAAGACUAUCACUUUGGAAGUUGAAAGCUCGGACACUAUCGACAACGUCAAGUCAAAGAUCCAAGACAAGGAGGGUAUUCCCCCAGACCAGCAACGUCUUAUCUUUGCUGGCAAGCAGCUAGAGGAUGGACGCACGCUCUCAGACUACAAUAUUCAGAAGGAGAGCACCUUACACUUGGUCCUGCGUCUCCGUGGUGGAAACUAA